CACAACGCAGCGCAGCAGCCCAAAAAUAUUCUCCACCCGAAACCCUCGCCGCCGCCACGGACCAUGCCGCCGCCGCCGCUGCCGACGCUGCCGGACGAGCUUCUCGAGGAGAUCUUCCUCCGCGUCCCACCGGACGAGCCCGAGCACCUGGUGCGCGCCUCGCUCGGCCUCCUCUCCGGCGCUCGCUUCCGCGGCCUCUACCGCGACUUCCAUGGAGCUCCCCCGAUGCUGGGAUUCCUCUACAACUGGCUCUUUUUCGGCGGCCCCAAGGAGGAUGACCCCGUGGCAAACUUCGUCCCCACCGCCAAAUUCGGCGCGCUCGUUCCUGCCGCCGAUGGCUGGGACCGUGAGUACACUCCGUGGGACUGCCGCCAUGGCCGCGUCCUCCUCGGGAACUACACGGGGCUCGUCGUUUGGGACCCCAUGACAGGCCGCCGGAUGAAGCUGGAGGCGCCCGUCAGCUAUGUCGGCGCCGCGGUGCUCUGCGCUGUGAGGGGCUGUGACCACCGUGCGUGUCAUGAGGGCCCCUUCCGGGUUGUCGUCAUCAACCUGGACAUGAAUGAGGAUGAUGGUGAUUGUGUUGCACACGCUUGCGUGUCUUCGCCGGUGACCAACAAGUGGAGCGAGCCGUGCUCUGAUUCUCAUUUUGAUGGAUGGAGCAAGCCGUGCUCUGCUCUUCAUCUUGUUAUGACCGAUCCAUUCAUUGAUUCACUGCCUCCUGUCCUCAUUGACAACGCACUUCACUUCAGGCUUACGUAUGAUGAUGAGCGUGUAGGGAUUCUCAAGUAUGACUUGAGCUCUAAUUGCUUAUCACUGAUUGAUGCGCCGCUUACGAGGCCGGCCAUUUUCUGGCCCGCUAUCCUCAUGGCAAUGGAGGAUGGCAGCUUGGGGUUGGCACACUUGGGUGGGUUAACCCUCUACCUAUGGUCAAGACAGAUGGGUUCCGACGGAGUUGCGUUAUGGACUCGGCGUAAAGUCAUCAGUCUCAAGGAACUUCUCCCCAUUCAAAAUCCCAAGAAAAGAAUUAGCGUUAUUGGGUCUGUGGAAGGCCAUGAUAUCAUUUUCGUGACCACAGAUCUUGGCAUCUACGAGAUUAAUUUGAAGACACUACGGUGGAAGAAGCUAUGGAAGAGAGAAAAUUUCCGCUCUUUGAUUCCAUACAUGAGCUUCUACAAUCGACAAGAAAUGGUGAGGCCCUGCAAGGCAUUGACAACAUAUGGUUGAAUAUGCUUAAGGGCAGGAGUUCAUUCUCAUCAACAUGAGAAAUGACUAUUUGAAGGCGACAUGGCUCUUGUGAUCGGUGUCAGUAUUCGGUAACUGCUUUAAUGCAGUGGUGCUUGUUUUCUCAUAGUGUUGUUGGAUUUUGUCAGCAAGCUCGAGAUUGUCCCCGCGUUAAUGGUGUUUUUUAAUUAGCUUGAAAAUGUACCACGGACACUAGCUUUGUCUUGCCAUUGUAAAAACUCUACAGUUUGCUCUCGUAGCUUUGAGCCAAAA